GAAGUGCCCUCCCCCUGGCGUCCCAGACAGCGGAGGGAGCCGCCACCCCUGCAGGGGCCGCCGUGGGGAUGCCGAACGCGGGCGCCGCUGCUCUCUUCUGCGCGCUGCUCGGCUGAAGGCGCACAGGACUCAAUUACAGGAAUUGUCAACUCUGCCAAUUUAUGUGCACAUUUCUCUUCCACUAUGAGCGGACCAAUUGCAGUGCACAUUUGUCUGGCUUUCAACAGCCUUCUGCUUCUCAAUGUUGCCACACAAUGUCUGGCCUUCCCCAGGAUGGAAAGAAGGCAGAUAGCACCUGUUCAUGCAGAAAAAAGGCAUUCUGAGAGGAUGAACACAGAUGACCUAGAAAGUAACUCCAUCACUUCAAAGUGCACUCCAGUCUCUGAAGAUCCAAUGACAGUGUUAGGAGGGCCAUCAACAACGUCUUUAAAUGAAGAAUUCCCUACUAAUAAAGAAACUCCUCCUCCAGGAGUUAGGCUCAUGCAGCCUGAUAGCUCUGCCAUUUACACUGCUACUGAGCCAGUGGUCCCAGGAAGGGAAGAAAUGUUUAGUUCCAGCCUGCCAGAGAGAAUGUCUCCCGAAAGCCGGCUUUCCAAGGCCAUGUUAACCAACCCUAUCACCCCAACUGCUGCUCUGAAUAUUGAUGAGAACGAGGAACCCUUCCAUAGUACCAUCAUUCAGCCCAUUGUGGAGGGAACCACUGAAGCAACACGAGGUUUUCUGCACUAUGUGGAUGAUCAGUUGUUUGCAACUGAAAGUCAGGAAGGAGUGAGUCUGGGACAUUCACCUUUAUCCCUUGUGAAUACUAAAGAAAUGCUAACCACCAAUCCAAGGGCUGAGAAAUUUGAAACAGACCCAGAGCAUAAGACAGUUUCUUUUCCUGGUACUGAGCCCAAAGCAGGCACUGAACUUUCCCAGAUGACAGUUGAUAAUACCCAGGCUACUGCCACCAAACACUGGCUCAUGACCUCCGAGUCCACCCUGAGUGCUAAGCCAGAAACUGACAGCCUGCUGGGAGCCCCAGAUGGCACAGUGAGUGUCAGGACAGCUGUUCCAGCUGCCUCCGUCGUAAGUGAUGAGUGGGAUGACACCAAAUUAGAGAGUGUAAGCCAGAUAAAGACCCCAAAGCUCGUAGAUAAUACAGAGGAGACUCAGGUGAGAAUGGAAACGUCUCAGACAGCCCUAGUAACUGAUGAUGGCAUGGAAGGCAUGGAAGGGGGCAAAACUUUGACAGAGGCUGCGGGUGUGGCUCUGAGGCUGCCUGAAGGGGAAACACACAUGGGGACAGCCCUGCUAAUAACACAUGGAGAUGAGAAAUCAUCUGCCUUCACAGAUCAAAGUUUCUUUACUCCCACAAGUCUAAUGGAAGAUGGGAAGGUCUCUGUCAUAAACGUUCAAAAUACUGCAGAAUUCAUGGAAUCCACCCAGGAAAAUAAUGCCAUGUUCUUCUUAAAGACCACUGUUUCCAUCUCAGAAUAUGAGUCUGAGGCAUAUCGACCAUUGGGAAAUACAUUUAAAGACGUCAUCACUCAAGAGAUGACAACAGCUGUUCAAGAAGCAGACGCCACUUUAUCUUCAGUGACACAAGAGCAGCAGGUUUCUACCCUCGAGGUUACCAGAGAGGAUGUGGAGACUGAGGAAGGACAGGAGGCCCCCUCGGCCACAGCUGAUGUUCCUGGUGUGACUCAGCUGUCGGGGAGAUGGGAGCCUCUGGCCACAACAGUUUCAACUACAGCCGUCCCUCCGUCUUUUGAAAUUACUCCUGCUAUGGAAGACCUAACGGACACAGUCACAGGGCCGAAUGAGGAGCUGUUCACACCUCUUGUGGGUUCUCCAGUGACGCCCCCUGGAAUAAUGGAGGAGGCACCCAGCGCUUCUCCAGAACUUGCUGACCCCGAGGCGUCUUCCCAGAGAAGAACUCCUGCUCCCCCCAUUAGCUAUGUUAACACAGCCGCCUCGUAUGGCCUGGACCAGCUCGAAUCUGAAGAGGGAGAAGAAGAUGAGGAUGAAGAGGAUGAAGAGGAGGAAGAUGAGGAGGAGGAAGACGAGGAGGAAGACGAAGAAGAUAAAGAUGCAGACGCCCUGGACGAGAGCUUGGGUGGUGACACCGAGCUACCUGGCUUUACCCUCCCUGGCAUCACGUCUCAGGAACCUGGCUUAGAGCAGAGAAACGUGGUCCCUUUGGAAAGAGCCACCUACCAGGACGCCAUCGAGUGGGAACAGCAAAAUCAGGGCCUGGUGAGAAGUUGGAUGGAAAAACUAAAAGACAAGGCUGGGUAUAUGUCUGGGAUGCUGGUGCCCGUAGGGGUUGGGAUAGCUGGAGCCUUGUUCAUCUUGGGAGCGCUCUACAGCAUUAAGGUUAUGAAUCGCCGAAGGAGAAAUGGCUUCAAAAGGCAUAAAAGAAAGAGAGAAUUCAACAGCAUGCAAGAUCGAGUAAUGCUCUUAGCCGACAGCUCUGAAGAUGAGUUUUGAAUUGGACUGGAGUUUAACUGGGAGAUUCAACGAUGUUAUUAUUUGACUUUUUAUUUGGGGGGGGGGCAAAAAAAAAAGAGAAAAGUCCUGCCACCUUAGGGGUGUUAGGCCGUCAGUCUCAUUAUCUGCUGGGUAGUAAGUAGAGUUUUCUUAGACUGAGCAGAAGAGGCUUGCUGUAUAGGAACUGCCAUACGCAGUGUAUGUUUUUAUCCUGUAGUGAACUUUCCACAGCCAUGGGCUCCAACUUACAAAUCUGCAGCGCACGUGUUGUUGAGUAGGAGUUGCUAGGUUAGGUAGAGUAAAUAUUUGGUAUUUUUCCACAGUGUCUUUUCCUCGGUUCGGAUUACCUGCAUUAGGCACAGCGAUGAUCGCUGCCAAGGCACACUUGACUCUGAAAUAGAAAUCUUAACAAAGAACAACUGGUUAUGACCGUGCUCUGCCCACUGGAAUCCCUAGGCUUGUGGGCCAUGGCAUUUGCAUUUACAUUUGCAUCAAAACUAGCAGCAACUUCGAAUGAAAUCUUUUUCCGUAAGAAGAUCUCUCAACGCAUUAGGAUUAUAUAUGGAUUUGUCUGGACCUUGCAUUAUGUACUGGAGUCUCCUGGUUUUAGUAUUUCCCCCCUGCCCUUUUAUUCUGAUUCUUGGCAAAGAAAAAAAUGCACCAGAAAAAAAUGCAUUAAAUUGACUCUCAGUCUUAAUGUAAGCUUGCUUUCUUAAGUAGUGUAAUGGAGUCCGACAGACCUAUCAAUAGACUCUCACAAGUUUAUCGUU